UCAGCUUAGAGAUAAGGCCGUGGCGGCGAACCGCUGAGCACAUGUGCAGUCUGGGUUUGGCUCCGCUAUCGUUUUGUCGUCUCUCUUCACAGAAUUCACGGCCGACCGUCGACAUUUAGCAUGGCAAAUGAAGUCGCUUUGGAGACAAACGUGGACAACGAUCCGAAAGAGGUAGUGAAAAAAUGUGACCCAGUGAAAGAAACUGUGAAAGACAAUCCAGUGAAUGGCCACUGUGAAAAUGUUAACAGUUGUACUGGGAAUUCAGAGGAGGGCGACAAGCCAGAAACAAAACUUGACAAUAAGGAGGCGGAAGCCAUGGUGGAGAAAGGUGAGAUGGAAACGAGCGAAAAAGUAAAUGGAGAAAAGAAAGAAGAAGCAGAGGUCGUUUUCAUCCAAGAUCUUGGCUUUACAGUACAAAUUGUCAGCCCUGGUACUGAAGCUUUUGAUAUUCAGGUUUCAAGCAUGGAGCUCGUUCAAGAAAUUCAUCAACUUCUAAUUGACAGAGAAGAAACCUGCCACAGGACGUGUUUCUCUCUCCAGCUUGACGGGAACACUCUCGACAACUUCGCUGAAUUAAAGAACAUUGAAGGUCUUGAAGAAGGUUCAGUUAUCAAAGUCGUGGAAGAGCCUUACACAAUGAGGGAAGCAAGAAUUCACGUACGCCAUGUAAGAGACCUUCUUAAGUCCCUUGAUUCAGCCGAUUCUUACAAUGGUCUUGAGUGUUCUUCACUCGCUUUUCUCAAUGUCAUCACCCAAGGUGAUAUUGUGGAAAAGAAAAAAUCCAGGGCUGAAAGUGUAGACUGCACACCGCCGGACUUUAUCAUGCCAAACAAUAAAGAAAGGCCACCUUUACUACCUCUCCAACCGAUGGCUAAAGAACAAAAAGGGCCUUCGUGCAUCAAGGUUCUGACCACAUCAGGGUGGAAUCCACCUCCUGGCUACCGUAAAAUGCAUGGCGAUCUUAUGUAUUUAUACGUUGUCACAAUGGAGGACAAACACUACCAUAUCACUGGCUGUACAAGGGGCUUUUUCCUCAAUCAGUCAAGCGAGGAAGAGUUCAACCCGAAACCAGCUGUACCUAGUCACUUGUGUCAUUCCCUCAUUGAACUUCUAAGCCAGCUCAGUACGUCUUUCAAAAGAAAUUUUGCUCUCCUACAAAAGAAAAGGACGCACAGACACCCAUUUGAAAGGGUAGCAACACCAUAUCAACUUUAUGCUUGGACCGCACCUCAGAUUGAGCAUACAAUCGAUGCUAUCAGAGCAGAAGACACUUUUUCAUCUAAACUUGGUUAUGAAGAGCAUAUCCCUGGUCAGACACGUGAUUGGAAUGAGGAACUGCAGACGACACGAGAGCUUUCAAGAAAAAAUCUUCCAGAGAGGCUUCUGAGAGAAAGGGCUAUAUUUAAAGUGCACAGCGAUUUUGUCGCCGCUGCGACUAGAGGUGCCGUAGCCGUCAUCGAUGGGAAUGUCAUGGCCAUCAACCCCGGCGAAGAUUCCAAAAUGCAAAUGUUCAUAUGGAACAAUAUAUUCUUUUCUCUCGGAUUUGAUGUCAGGGACCAUUACAAAGAGUUGGGAGGAGAUGCUGCUGCUUUUGUCGCUCCACGAAACGAUUUGCAAGGAGUGCGGGUGUACAGUGCUGUCGACUUGCCUGGCUUGUAUACACUCGGUACUGUUGUAAUUGACUACAGGGGCUAUCGUGUCACCGCACAGUCUAUCAUACCCGGUAUUCUGGAAAAGGAGCAAGAGCAAUCGGUAAUUUAUGGUUCGAUUGACUUUGGCAAGACAGUUCUCUCCCAUCCAAAGUAUAUGGACCUGUUGAACAAAGCAGCGCAGCAGCUUAAAAUGCUUCCCCACAAAGUGCUCAAUGACAAAAAUGAAGAAAUCGAGUUAUGCAGUAGCGUCGAAUGUAAAGGGAUCAUCGGGAAUGAUGGCCGUCAUUACAUUCUGGACCUUUUAAGAACUUUUCCUCCUGACGUGAACUUUUUAAAGCUCGAAGGAGAAGAGUUAAGUAAAGAAGUACAAUCCCUGGGCUUCCCAAUUGAGCAUAAACACAAAUUGUGCUGUCUACGACAGGAACUUAUCGAUGCAUUUUUUGAAUCCCGUUACAUGAUGUUCAUCAAAUUAGCUGCUUAUCAUUUGCAGCAGCUAGGAGCGAAAAAACAAAAAGAAAUUGACACUCAAAACUUGAUUUCAAACCAAGAAAUGAACACAAAAGAAAAGAAAAACGAACAAGUUAACAAGACUGAAACCGAAGUUGAAAAGAUGACCGAAGAAGUGCCCAUGGGGCAUGCUCAGGCAAAGUUGAUAGUCGAAAGUAUUGCCGAUUCGAUUACUAAUGGUGACAAAGCUGAAUUUGAAGAAAGCACAAAAGAAAUUGUUAAAAAAGCUGCAGCUUCGGUCGGCUCGUUAAAGGAAACCGAGUUUGACAUUAGGUUUAACCCAGAUGUCUACUCACCUGGUGUCAGACACGUUGAGAACGUCAAUGCGCCCGACAGCCUAAAAAAACAGAGACAGCUUGUUAAAGAUGCUGCCGACUUUUUAGUUACAAAUCAGAUACCGAACCUCAUUCGGGAACUUUUGGACCAUUCUGCUGCCCCGAUGGAUGGUGUGACGCUCUCCGAGAGCCUACAUUCUAGGGGUAUAAAUAUCAGGUACUUAGGAAAAAUCACAGCAAUGCUUACAAAAGUGAAACAACUCGAGUACCUUCAUGCCAUUGCUGUUUCUGAGCUCAUAACACGUUCUGCAAAACAUAUUUUUAAUUCUUAUAUGCAGAAUACGGAAAUGAUGAGUCUUUCAGCUGCUAUUAGCCACUUUUUGAACUGCUUCCUGUCUUCCUGCUUGACUUUGCAUCCCCAACAAGGCACUGAUGAGAUACAGACAAAACCUUCAAAGCGUAGAAAGCAGAAUGGUAAAAGAAAAGGCAGACUGAAUCUACUGAUCGCUGAUAGCAACGAAUGGGCAAACAUGACUCCAAAAUCCCUAUGGGCACAACUUAAGUCUGAGCUGAAAGCGUACUACGACUGGGAACUUAAAGUAGACAAUAUAGACUCAGUUGUUGAAACUUACGGCCUUCAAAAAAUAUCUCUCCUUAGGUCUUUUUGUCUUAAAACUGGCAUUCAGAUUUUACUGAGGGAAUAUUACUUUGAUGCUAAAAAUAAAUGCACAUUUUUUGAAGAGGAUAUCAUCAAUAUUUUCCCAGUAGUUAAACACAUAAAUCCUCGGGCAAGCGAUGCAUAUACAUUUUACACAACUGGACAAAACAAGAUCCAACAAGGCUUCCUCAAAGAGGGUUUCGAAUUAAUAAGCGAAGCUCUUAAUCUGCUUAAUAACGUUUACGGCGCAAUGCACCCAGAAAUAGCCCAGUGUUUGCGCAUGCUGGCCAGGUUGAACUACAUAAUGGGUGACCAUGCCGAGGCCAUGGCGAUCCAACAGAAGGCCGUCCUGAUGUCAGAACGCGUCAACGGGAUCGAUCAUCCUUACACCAUCACUGAAUAUACUCAUUUAGCACUGUACUGCUUUGCAAAUAGUCAAGUGAGUACGGCCUUGAAACUAUUAUACAGAGCAAGAUAUCUUGCAUUACUUGUCUGUGGAGAAAACCAUCCAGACAUGGCAUUACUGGACAGUAAUAUAAGUUUAAUACUUCAUGCGGUUGGUGAGUACGAGUUAUCACUUAGGUUCCUUGAGAAGGCCCUUGAGCUCAAUGUAAAAUAUUUUGGGCCUAAAUCUCUUAAAGUGGCAGUUAGUUAUCACCUUGUUGCAAGGACUCAGAGCUGCAUGGGUGACUUCCGUUCGGCCCUCAACAGCGAAAAAGAAACCUAUGCAAUUUAUAAGCAACAGCUUGGGGAGGAACACGAUAAGACAAAAGAGUCCUCAGAAUGUCUGAGACAUUUGACCCACCAAGCUGUGGUCUUGCAAAAGAAAAUGAACGAGAUUUAUACCGGCAAGUCUGGCGUUGGCCUCCCCCCGAUCCAGAUCCAGCCACCAUCAAUGGGCAGUGUUCUUGACAUGCUUAAUGUCAUCAAUGGAAUUCUUUUCGUUCAAAUAAGCCAACAAGAUAUCGACAAUUUUAAGGUCGAAAUGGAAAAAUUAAAGAUAAAAGGGGAAGAGGGCAGUGAUAACGAGGCUGAGAAGGCUGCCACCGCAGAGGCGAGUUGAACUGCGCUGUGAGCACAAAUCUCAACAGGGGUUCUAAUUUCCUCAGUUUGGAGCGUCUUAAUGCAAAACACUCCGUUAAACUUUCUGCAUUAUUUCUUCUAUUUAAAUGUUCUUUUCAAUGAUUUGUUUUGCACAAUUUUUUCCUCUUUUUGUUUAGUUUCAAGUAACAUCAUGUUUUGAUUUUGUCAUUGAUCAAUGGGAGUUGUAAAGUUAAGACUGUUUUCAUAUUUUUGUCAAGGUGCCUUCCUUAAGGUGGAAAUAUAGAAAUACCUGUUCAUUCAUUUUUUUUUUGUUAAAAUGACAUUAAGAUUAAAAAAAAAAAAAAAAAAAAUGGUUCUAAACGUAUUAUCAAAACAGAAUGGCCUUAAUUCACACAAAUCUAUAAAUAUGUGAUGAUAAUUAAUUUUUUUUUUGUCAAAAAUAUUAACAAAAAAGAGGAACUACUGGAAAAUUAUGUUAAUUUUUUUGUAGUCAAUUUCUAGUUUUGAAAUUGUUUUGUUUUUCUUUUUUUAAUCUGUUAGUUUAGUCCAAUUGCAGAAUUAUCUUAGUAAAAAGAAAAUUGUAUAUAAUAUUAUUGACCUCGAGAGAUAUGUAAAUAUUUCAUGGGAUGUAAAUGACUCUAUGAGUUGUAGGUAAAGUUGCUCUAGUUAAAACAAUUUAUUUUAAAUCAGUCGCUGAUGCCAUAUGUUCAGCGGAGAUGGAAAUGUUAGUUUUAUAAGUUGAAUAUCAUCAAUAAUUUUUUAUGGUGCAGUACUAAAAAAUCACGAAUUAUAAAGAUGGCAAUGAACGUUUUGUCUCAGCAAUAUGGGUGUAAUUAAAUGUAGAAAUAGUGUUGAGCCAGCAGUGCUAAUUAGAAAUUAUAUUGUACUGAAAAGUUAUGUAGUCAUUUUAGCUUAAUUCAACACUAAUAGGUUGCAUUUCAGCAAAGAAAAUAAAAAUUAUAAUUUUCUAUGUUUUAGAUUUAUAGGAUUUACGUGUUGUUUUAAUAUUUGUUAAUUUUUCUUCCAAGAAAGAAAAUUGCUGAUUUAGUCAUAGAGCACAAAUUUUUAGUAGUAGGUUAAUCAAAAAAAAUUUUUUUGUUGAUGUUAUAGAGACUAGUCUAUUUUUCAAGCCAGAAUUUUGUUUUUCUCUUUAGUUACCAGUUUGGUUCAAUUUGUUUUCCUAAUGCAUAAAAUGUUUAAUAAUGUUGCAAUAUUAAAGUGGCAAUAAUCAAUACAAUUAAUAAUUUCGUACUAUUUGGUUCUAAAUAUUAAAUAAGACUGUGCAAAACUACAAUGUGAUUGUCAGAUUCAAAGUUGACUUGUGCUCAUCGCAAGGUGUAAAUAACUGAAAUUGUUACUGUGGCAAGUAUUUCACUUUCUGCAAUGGCAACUUGUUCUUGUCGAUCUCAUUGCAGAUACGUGAAAUUACGUGUGUAGAUGAAAAUACAUUGAAAUGUUGGCGAUUGUCUAAAAUAAAAUCAUAAUGAAAAAAGA